AUGGGCGGCGAGACCUCAAGAGAAAGUCAAGGAGAAGAAACUGAGAAGGUCAAUCCCUACCCAUAUCGUGGAAUAGUCACCAGGAAAAGAGACGCCACGAUCGAUGUGGCCAGUCUAUUCAAGGAUGUGGAAGUCAAGGUGCCACUCUUGACGGCAUUAAAGAUGCCCCCAAUCAGCAAGUUUAUAAAAGGCUACCUGGCGGGGAAGGUCAAUGAAGAAGGGAGAAUGAUCAUAGAGGAAAAUGUCUCUGCAGUGAUCCAGCGGAGCGACCCCCCAUCAAAGAAGACCGAACCAGUGAUGUUCACACUCCCAAUUUCGAUCGGAGAUAUAUUCAAGUGGAGCACGCAAUGUCUGGGAGAGGCCAAGCUUGUCGAUACUGACAUCAUGAUACAGCUGGCCGACACGUCUUGCAUUCAUCCGGAGGGAAUUCUGGAAGAUGUAAUAGUGAAGGUUAAUGAUUUUCUAUACCUAGCCGUCUUCUGCAUCAUAAAAAUGACAGAACCAGCGGCGAAGGAGUCUAGUGGAGUCCUGUUGGGAAGGCCGUUCCUGUCUACGGCCAGCACUAUAAUCGACGUCCGUAAUGGGACGAUCAGUUUGGAUUUCAAUGGAGAACAGUUUACAUUUAAUAUUGACGAAGCAAUGAAGAGUCCGUCGGAUAGUGAAAACGUGUAUUCGGUGGAUGUGACCGAGCCGCUAGUGCAGGAGUAUCUGGACAAAGGUAGUUCACAGACUCCACCGCGCAUGAAGAGGUUGAGAGAGAAGUCACCGACUGGUAUGAAGCCAUGA